UCUCCUGGCAGCGGCGGCAGUGGCGGAGAGCGGCCGCGCGCUCCCUCAGCUCAGCGACGACAUCCCCUUCAGGGUGAACUGGCCCGGCACCGAAUUCAGCCUGCCUACAACUGGUGUCCUGUACAAAGAGGAUAACUAUAUUAUAAUGACCACUGUGGAUAAAGAAAAAUAUAAAUGUAUACUUCCGCUGAUAGCAAGUGGCAAUGAGGAAGAAGAAAAGGACUAUAAAGGUCCUACUCCAGGAGAGUUGCUGGAACCACUUUUUAAGCAAAGUAGCUGUUCGUAUAGAAUUGAAUCUUACUGGACUUAUGAGGUCUGCCACGGAAAACACAUCCGUCAAUAUCAUGAGGAGAAGGAAACGGGACAGAAAAUAAACAUCCAAGAAUACUAUCUGGGGAAUAUGAUGAUAAAGAACCCAUUAUCAGAACCAGAUCAAGAAGAGAAGGAAAAUCCAAAAGAGAGUGCAAAAGAGAUACCUACAAAAAAUAUAGAAGGGCAGAUGACCCCAUACUAUCCUGUAGAGAUGGGAAACGGCACACCCUGCAGCUUGAGACAAAACCUGCCCAGAUCAAGUACGGUGAUGUACAUCUGUCAUCCAGAAGCUAAACAUGAGAUUCUUUCAGUAGCAGAAGUUACAACCUGUGAAUAUGAAGUGGUUAUACUGACACCUCUGUUAUGCAGCCAUCCUAAAUAUAGGUUCAGGGCUUCCCCUGUGAAUGACAUCUUUUGCCAGUCACUGCCAGGAUCCCCACUUAAACCCCAUAAUCUGGAACAGCUGGAGAAACAGCAAGAAAUGAUGAAGAUGCCUUUUAGAAGGGUUAAGGAGGAAGAAAUGCAUUCAACAAAGGAAGAGAAAUUUUCUUCCAUUCAUAAGCCUGUUGCUGUUGGAGGCCAUCAACUGUUAACUGUGGGAACAACCCACAUCUCCAAACUGACUGAUGACCAACUUAUAAAGGAAUUUCUUAGUGGUUCCUACUGCUUCCAUGGGGGUGUUGGUUGGUGGAAGUACGAAUUCUGCUAUGGCAAAUACGUUCAUCAGUAUCAUGAGGAUAAGGAAAGUGGCAAGACAUCUGUGGUUGUGGGCACCUGGAGCAAGGAGGAACACAUUGAAUGGUCCAGGAAGAAUGCUGCUAGAACCUACUACCUUCGAGAAGAUGGCACACAGAGUGUGAGGAUGGUGUCUCAUUUCUAUGGAAAUGGAGAUGUGUGCGACUUAACAGACAAGCCAAGGCAGGUGACCGUGAAAUUGAAAUGUAAAGAAUCGGAUUCUCCUCAUGCUGUGACCAUAUACAUGUUAGAGCCUCAUUCUUGCCAGUACAUCCUUGGGGUGGAGUCUCCAGUCAUCUGUAAAAUUUUGGACACAGCCGAUGAAUAUGGACUCCUUUCAGUGCCCAGCUAAAGCCCCUGCGGGCAGCCCCAGGAAAAUCCCGUCUGCGCGAUGGCGAUGGCUUUUCACCAGCCAGCCUCACCAGCAGCAUCCUCUCAGCUGAGGGACUCGUGAACCACUUUGUGUAUAACUAUGUGUAUAUAAGAGGUUAUCGAUAAACUUUUAAUGAUUAAAA